CGCAUGCUCAUUCAGCAAUUAAUUUUUCAACAUGGCUGAUUGUUGUUUCCUAAAUUUUGGUCUCGCUGGAUUUAGAAAGUCAUUUGUUUACAAUUAUGGCUCACCAUCAACCAUUGGUGAUGUUAAACGUUGGUUACAGACUGGGGCUCUUCUUCCACAGAUCUUUCUGGUUGAUGACUGCUACUUAACGUGUCAAGGACAUAUCUUAAAUGAUGAUGAUGUCAUUAAAGCUGGAUGUCACUAUCAGCUUCUACCAAGACUGGUUGGUGGUAAAGGAGGGUUUGGUUCAAUGUUACGUGCCAUUGGUGCCCAGAUUGAGAAAACCACCAACCGAGAAGCUUGCCGAGAUUUGAGCGGACGCCGUAUGCGAGACAUUAAUAAUGAGAAGCAGUUGAAAGAGUGGAUGGCUAAACAAGUGGAGCGUGAGAAAGAACGGGCUAGACGUCGAGAAGAAAGAUCUCUUCGACUUCGAGAAACACCAAAACAUAAAUUUGAAGACCAAGUUUAUCAAAAACAAAAAGAGAAAGUCUCACAGGACCUUGAGGAUGCGAUCACAGCAGGCCUCAAAAGGAAUGGAGAUAGCAGUUCUGCAGAAAGUGUUCAAGGAGGGAAAAAACGAAAAUUGGAAAGUAAAUCUUUAGACAAGCACUGGAAUUGGAUUGGAAUUAACAAAGACAACCUCAGUGACAGUGAUUUGUCUGAUGACUCUGAUAUUGCCACAGCUUGUCCGUCUGCCACUGUCUUUCCUAGCACCAGCUGCACUGCAUCCACAUCCGCUGCCACCUCCGCUGGCAGUACAUCAGUUGAUGACUGUACAGACUCAAACAGUUCUCUGAGCUCUACAAAAUUCCUGUCUGUUCCUCCUGAACAUGAAGUCACUCCAUCUCCCGAUUCUUCAAAUAAUUCCGCAACCAAUAACAGUAUUGGUGACUCAUCAUCAUCCACAACCAUUACAAAAACCCCACCUCCAACAACAUCCAAAACAGAAGAUGAGAAGGAGGUAGCAUCUUGUACCAAUAAUAAUGAUGAAUCAACUCAACAAAAUGGUGCUACAUUGGAUGUUGGAGAGGUUCUGGCAAAUAUUGAAUGUGCCUUAGACCUUGAAGUUUUAGGCCUUGAUAUGUUAAAAGCUGCAUUGCAAGACAGAGGCAUGAAAUGUGGAGGUACUUUGACAGAAAGAGCCCAACGUUUAUUUGCUGUGAAAGGAUUAACACCUGAAGAGAUUGACCCAUCUUUGUUGGCAAAAGGGAAAAAGAUUAAAAAAAAAUAAUGUAUUUAUGUACCUAAAGAAAAUAAGAAUUCUUAGCUUCAAAUACAUGGAUCUUUUCGGUUUGAACAGCAGUUUUUAACAUAAUUUCUCAGUAACUAAAAAA